ACGUGGCAUGUGAUUUCACGUCUAGUUAUAUAUAUAACCUCAAAGUCGGUUUUUAAAAUGAUACAAAAGAUAUAAGCAAAUGAAUUAUAAUAAAAAAUUAAAGUUAUAUCAAUUACCAGUACUACAUUUAAGAGUAAAAAUUUGAUAGCGAGUAUAAUAAAACAUGGUUUCUGUAAAACGAAAAGGCUCAAUAUUUAAGGACACAAAUAUCAAAAAUAAUAAACCAUGUGAGAAAACACGUAAACAAAUACGUAAAGAGAAAAGACAGGAAAAAAAAGUAAAAAAGGCAAUGUUCUAUCAAAAUAGAAAACAAAUUCCCGGUAGGUUUGUUUUAAAUCCUGAUAAAAUGAAGGAGAACAUAAUAAAAUCACAAGAAAGUCACAGUGAAUUACAUCAAAAUAAUAGUAAGCAUAAUGCCAAUGAGAAAUUGAAGAAGCAAAAGAAGAAAAAGAAGAUGGAUACAAAAUCGAAUUUAAUUAUUGAUAAUAAGCAUGAAGAUAAGAUGAUAAAACAAUUAGAAAAACGAUUAAAAUUAAAUAAGCGGAAAAGUAAUACAAUACCUAAGUCUUUUAUUAACGAUGGUUUAGAUUAUCUUUUAGAUUUCUGUGAUAAUGACAAUAGGAAACAGGUAGUCGAAAUGGAAGAGCAGUUAUUGAAAGGUGAAGGAGACAAAGAUCUUGAAGAAGAUAUUGCAAUGUUUCUGGAAAAUGAUGAUACAAAAGGUAUUGCAAAUUGUGAUACAGAUGAUUGGUCUAAUGAUGAGCAGUAUGAAGCUCAAAUAGCAUUAAAAAAUGAUAAAUUCAAGAGAAAAAAGCAGGAUGAAAUGAUGGAUUCAAUAAAGGAAAGCGAUGAGGAUCUAUUGUCAGAUAAAAGUUUAGAUGAUAUUGAAACAAAUACUUCACAGUCUUCUGACAAUGACGAUCUAUGGGAAGAUAUUUAUGGUCGAACGAGAGAUAAAAAAGGUAAUAUUGUAAACGAUGUAUCAUCUGUGAUACAAAGGAAACCAUUAGAAGCCAUACAGGAUAAUGAUGAAAAACGAUGUAGACUGAAGAAACAGCUAAAAGGUCUUUUAAAUAGAUUAGCAGAAAGCAAUAUGCAUAUUAUUGCCAAUCAGGUAGAUGAAUUGUAUAUGUGUAAUAGUCGUAAUGAUAUGAACACUAUUUUAUCAGAAUUAAUAAUGCAAGCCUUAAUUUCAUCAGUAUUAACUCCAGAUCGUUUGAUUUGUGAGCAUAUGAUGUUAAUUACAAUUCUACAUGCAAAUGUAGGGACUGAAGUGGGUGCUCAUUUCUUGUUAACAUUUAUUAAAAAAUUUGAUGAAAUGUUAAAAGCAUCAUACACUGUAGAAGACAAACAAUUGGAUAAUUUAGUUUUAUUGUUAUCGCAUUUAUAUAAUUUUAAGGUUUAUAACCAUCGACUUCUUUAUCAAAUAUUAGACAAGCUUUCCUCCAAAUUUGAGGAAAAAGAAAUUGAGUUGAUAUUACUCAUUUUAAAAACUGCAGGUUUUCCAUUAAGAAAGGAUGAUCCACUUGCGUUAAAAGAACUUAUAUUAAAUUUGCAAAAAAUAGCAAGUAAUAUUGAAUCUGACAAUUCACGAGUAAAAUUUAUGUUAGACAUUUUAAUGGCAAUAAAAAAUAAUAAUGUAAGUAAGAUACCUCAAUAUGAUCCAUCUCAUAUAGAGCAUUUAAAAAAGCUUAUGAAGAGUUUCAUACACAAAGGUAAAAGUAUAGUGAAGUUAAAUAUUUCUUUAGAAGAUUUAUUAAAAGCUGAUGAAAGAGGAAAGUGGUGGAUAGUAGGAUGUGCGUGGUCUGGUAAUAGAAAUUUGGAUGAAGGAAAAAAAGUUACGGAAGGGAAAAAAACAAUCUUCAGUCAAAAUAUUCUUGAUUUAGCACGAAAACAAAGAAUGAAUACAGAUAUUAGAAGAAAUAUUUUCUGUAUUUUAAUGACAGCAGAAGAUUAUUUAGAUGCCUUUGAAAAACUUUCCCAUCUUGGUUUAACAGAUCAACAAGAAAGAGAAAUAAUAUAUGUAUUAAUGGAUUGUUGUCUACAAGAGAAGAAAUUUAAUCCUUAUUAUGCUGUAUUAGCAGAAAGAUUCUGUGUUUGUGAUAGGAAAUAUCAGUUGACCAUACAGUAUAUGUUGUGGGACAAAUUAAAAAUAUUAGAUAAUUACAAUGUAAAACAGUUAGCAAACUUAGCCAAGUUUUUAACUCACUUAUUUAUUCAGAGAUCCCUAUCUAUUUCAAUUUUAAAGGUUUUAAAUUUUGCUGAAUUGGACAAACAAACAAUGAAACUUGUAAGACAAAUUAUGAUAGGUAUUUUUCUUUGCAAAAAUGAAGAAGACUGUUUACAAGUGUUUGAAAGGAUAUCUUCAACUUCUUUAUUACAAACUUUUAGAGAAAGUCUUAGACUCUUUAUAAAUCAUUUUCUUAUCCGUAAUAUUGAAUCUUGUAAAGUAAUGGAAGUAGAAGGUGCGCUUAUAAAACAACGAGCGUACCAAGUUGACAAAUUGCUGCUUAAUCGUGAAUGUAAAAUAUUAUUUUAAGGAUUUUUAUAAAUAAUCAUAAUAAUUAGCGUACGUGUAAAUAAUUAAAAUUAUCAUAAAAGUAAUAAAUUGUAAAAUCCUGAAGCGUUUACAUUACAUAAUAAGUAAAAUAAUAUUAGUUUAUCACUUUUGAUCAAAAUAUUAACCAAAUGUUUGCAUGCAAAGUUUGUAAAUGUUUUCGUAUUUAUUGUUCAAUGGAGCCGUGCAAGCAUUUCUACCAUUACGGUGUAUACGAAUAAAAUCGUCGCAAUUAAUAACACCAUCACCAUUGCAAUCCUGUAAAAUGUAACAAAAAAUAAAAAUUUGUAAUAUAUCAUUCCUGGAUAUAAAAAUAAAUAUAAAAGUUUAUUCGUA